AUCACUUCAUCAUUCAAACAACUACUUCUAACCUCACAAAAAUAGAAACUGAGCUUUUUCAGUGAUCGAUCGAUCGAUCUCAAGCAAAUGGCAAGCAUAGUCCCGUACGCGAUCGCCGCGAUAGCGGUUUUAGCGGCGGCGCUCCUCUACCGCCUGGAGACGUUCGAGGCGGUGGCGCUUCCAGAGCACGAGCUGGCUCGGAUGGCAGCGCCGCCGCUGGUGGUGCCGAAUCGAAACGGCAAAGUGCUGCGGGGUUCAGAGAGGAUCGGAGAGGGGAAGCUGGUGGGCCCCGAGGAUAUAGCGUGUGACCCCAAAACCGGCCUCAUCUACACCGGCGGCGCGGACGGGUGGAUCAGCAAGGUGGCUUUCAAGGACUCCGCCGCCGAGUCAGCGGUGGAGAAGUGGGUCAACACGGGAGGCAGGCCUCUCGGGAUCGUUCAUGGGGCCCACGGUGAAGUGGUUGUCGCUGAUGCUUACAAGGGGCUACUAAACAUAAGCAAAGAUGGUGUAAUACAAUUGUUAACCGAUGAGGCCGAAGGUCUCAAAUUCAAGCUUACCGAUGCUGUCGAUAUCAGCCCUGAUGGUACGCUCUACUUCACCGAUGCCUCCUCCAAAUACAGCAUCGAACACGCUUUCCUCGACAUGAUGGACGGUAGACCCCACGGCAGAUUCUUGAGCUACGAUCCAUCAACAAAGCAAACAACAGUUCUCUUGAAAGACCUCUACUUCGCUAACGGCGUCGCCCUCUCCCAUGAUCAAACUUUCGUCAUCGUCUGCGAAACUGCAAUGUUGAGGUGCAAGAAGUACUACAUUCAAGGCCCCCGGGCAGGGUCAGUUGAAAUGUUCGUUGAGAAUCUGCCCGGGCUGCCCGACAACAUCCGAUACGACGGCAACGGCCUUUAUUGGAUUGCACUUGGCGCGGAUCCGGGUUUAUUAAAGAUGCUACAGCGAUAUCCAUGGGUUCGGAAGACGAUGGCGAUGCUAGACAAGUAUGUAGGGCGGCCUAAGACGGAGAAAAACGGAGGGAGUGUUGCGGUUGAUUUGGAGGGAAAAGUGAUUGCACAUUACUAUGAUGCAGAGGUUUCAUAUGUUACAAGCUGCAACAAGAUUGCUCAAUAUUUAUACUGUGGUUCAUUGUUUUCGUCCUACAUUACUCGACUCGACCUGACUCGAUAUCCCGCCACUGCCACUGCCACUGCUUCGUCGUGAGAUCUUCAGAGGUAUAUAUAACAGAGCAUGUAUGUUGCUACUUUGUACAACCAUGUUAUUUUAGUUUUGAGUUCAAGGGCUGCCUGCAUUCAGCUUCAUGAAAAUAUAGUAUUAUACCCACUGAUUAUAUUCCAAAGGCUUGAAUAAUAGUAGUAACUCAUAAAUA